AUUUUCCAGAAGUUAUCAGUUAUAAUUGAACAGAGAGAAUUGUUAAUACAAAAUAAUGUCCAUGUUGCUUUAGUGAGAUUGUUAUCAGCUAAUGAUGUUCUAGUUUUACACUGCUCCUUACACGCUUUAAACGGCCUGGCUCAGAGCGCUAGCCCACGUUCACUUAUUGGUGAAUUAAAUUGCGUGGAAUAUCUUUUACGAAUUAUACAAGAUUAUGAUACAGUGUCUAAAAAGUUGGCUGCCCAGCUACUAAGGUUACUAUGUGGUGACCAAGGAUGCAGUGAGAAAGUACGAGAUUAUGAUGGUAUUCCAGUUUUAUUAAGUCAGUUACACAGUGAGAAUGUUAAUUUAUUGUGGCAAGUGGUAUGGUGUAUUGUUCAGUUGUGUGAAGAUAGUAUUAGUAGUACAGAGAUACGUCAACUUGGUGGCAUUCCCUUAUUAUUGUAUAUUUUGGUUCAGACUGACUCAAAACUGGGAAGAGUGUCAGGAAUCUUUGCCCUGUCUAUAUAUCUGAUAACAACUCAAGUUAUUUGUUUAUAUUCCAGUGAAAGAAAGUUGUUAAAUGAUAACAAUGAGAAUGAUAAUGAGGCUGUAGCCACUUGUUGUGCCGCUCUCACUGAGUUGGUAUUAAAUGAUACAAACGCUCAACAGAUAGCUCAAGCUAACGGCAUCUACUCACUAGUAUUAUGCAUAAAUGCAUUCCGAACUCUCCGGUUCUUAUUCAGUAUGGAAAGAAACAGGUGUUUAUUCAAGCGUUUGUUUCCAGUGAAUCUAUUUGAAUGUUUUAUCAAUGUGGGACAUUAUAAUAAAGAUUUAUCAGCUUAUAUACCACUAGUAGAUCUGAUUAAUAACUUACCGAAAAGUAAAAUUGAUGAAAUUAGAGAGAACGUCCAGGAGACUAAUCAGAAUAGAAAUCCAUCGAAAUAUAUCGGUGAUUAUUCUGUAUUUGAACUGCUGGGAACAGGAGCGUUUGGGUCAGUUUAUAAAGUUAAAAAGACAACCUCGGGACAGUCCUUUCUUGCCUUGAAAGAGGUGAAUAUACAGAAUGCAGCGUUUGGUAAGAACUCUCUAGAAAUAGAGUCUAGUUUAGGUGAUAUUACCAAUGAGCUACAGAUCAUGAAGGAGGAACUGAAACAUCCCAAUAUUGUCCGAUAUUAUAAAACAUUUCUACAAGGAGAUAAGUUGUAUAUAGUUAUGGAUCUUAUUGAAGGAGCUCCACUCUCUGAACAUGUCAAUUCCCUUAAAGAAAAACAGGAACGAUUCUCAGAAAAAAGGAUUUGGGACAUAUUUUUACAGAUGGUAUUAGCUUUACGAUAUCUUCAUAAAGAGAAAAAUAUAGUCCACCGCGAUCUGACACCUGGUAAUGUAAUGUUGGGUGAACACGAUAAAAUCACAAUAACUGAUUUUGGUUUAGCGAAACAGAAACGUAAUGACUGUAGUAAAAUGACGUCAGUGGUGGGAACUAUUCUGUAUUCUUGUCCAGAAAUAGUACAACAUAAACCGUACGGUGAAAAAGCUGACAUCUGGGCGUUUGGUUGUAUUUUAUAUCAACUGUGUACUCUUCAACCUCCAUUUUAUAGUUCUAACAUGUUGUCAUUGGUUACUAAGAUUGUUGAAGCAGACUAUAAACCAAUAUUAAGGGGGGAUUACUCUCAAAGACUGGUAGACACAGUUAACAGUUUGAUUAUAGUCAAGCCAGAAGAUCGUCCAGAUAUUCUACAAGUCAGUGCUAAAGUUGUCGAUCUGAUUUUGAUUCAAACUGAUAAUCUACGUUCUAAUCAGGCAGGACUGGAGAAAAAACUCAACAGAGAGAGAAAGAGAACACAGAAGUAA